AUGGCUUCUUUGACUGGUCAUUGCUGGGCCUAUACUCCAGCAGCAAAUACCGUUGUUGCUGCUCUUGGUCUCAUCCUCUUUGCUCUGCUCUUGGUUGUUAUAUACUGGAGAAGCCGUCGAGGACGCAGGCAUACCGCAGACUUCACAAUUACAGAAGGAAACAUGAUCAACAUCCCUACUUGGACAAUAUCAUAUGGUCUGGAUGUAAAGCAGCCAUAUAGGCGUGAAUCGUAUGCCUUCGAGGAGUCGUAUCUAACCGGACUCAAUCCGCUUUAG